AUGCCUGUUUGUGUACAUUGCGGUCGAUCUGACUGUGCAAGGAUUUUUCUGGCCGGGAUCAUGGAAAAUGACUGUUCCUCGGUGAACGUGGAUUCAACACCGCCACACCUAGUUCAGCCUGCUGUGCACUGUUGUCCAGGCAUUUCGACAGGGUACGAGGGUAGCAGAAGUUCACUCCACCAACAGCACGAACGCCGGUCUGAGAUCUACGCUCUGCAAGGAGGACGGGAAGUCGACUUAACACACUCGAAUCACCACUUCUGCUCUCUUCUCUUGCAGCAACACAUUAUGGCACUGGUUUGUCCCAUCUGCUCCCAGCGCUUCAGGUACCAUCAUCAACUUCGCACUCAUUUUGAAGCAGCGCACACAGGCACGUAUAUUCAAAUAUCCUCCACCAUGACCCUCCUUCAUUUGACCUUCCAUAAUUGGGACGAUUCGCGUGCAACUCCUGCAGAUGCAGCUACCGAUUCCUUUCUUGCCUACAAAAUCACAGGAAUAUCUGGCACAAUGGUAAGGCCGCCGACUUGCUUGAAUGAAAGGUCUCUGCUGAUAGACUACUUCUUCAGUCUGGCUGUGGAGUCACAGCAAAUGGCACCACUUGAUGUGCCUGGAUGCGAAAAUUGUGAUGUAUUUUACUGUGCGAGAAUGUUUUUGUCGGAUAUCAAAGAAGGCGAUGGUACCUCGGUGCGCAUUGAUUCAACAACGCCGUCCCUACUGCAGCCCGCUGUGCACCAUUUCCCAUUCAUCUCGCCAAGGCAUGGAAAGAGCAGACAGUGA